AUGGAGGGGUUUGAGGGAGCCCCCAGGUUCCUGGCCUAUCCACGUGCCUUCAUGGUGCAAAGCGGCACCGAUGCGGUCCUGAGCUGCCAGAUUACAGGUGACCCCCGGCCGAGCAUCCUCUGGGAGAAGGACAAGAUCCCAAUUGAGCCCUCAGGCCGCUUCCAUGUGGAGGCCAAAGGGGACCUGUACAGUCUGCUGGUGUCCCGUGCCACACCCCAGGACAGUGGGGUUUAUGUGUGCAAGGCCAAGAACAAAGUUGGCGAGACCUACGCUGCUGCCACACUCAAGGUGGAGGUGGGAGAGCCCCGAGAGGAGGAGGGAUGCUUGGACAGUGAAGCACCUGCCUUCCUUGUUGCCCCCUCAUCCAUACGUGUGUGCCGGGGAGAGGACGUGAUGUUUACCUGCAGGGUGUCUGGGCAGCCAUGCCCAGUGGUGCAGUGGGAGAAGGACGGUCACAAGCUGUCUGACCUCUUUGAGAGCAGCCAUUUCGCCGUGGGGCAGGAGCCAGAGGACUGGCACUUCUUGAAGCUGUUUGGUGUGCGGCCCCCAGAUGGGGGGGUGUACGUGUGCCGUGCACGUAGUGGCUUCCGGGAGGCCCUGGCAGCUGCUGUGCUCCUGGUGGAAGCCCAGGCACUGCCAGACAGCCUCCCCAAUGGCUCUCCUGAUGAUGGCCCUGAGAUGCUGGGAGAGCGGCAGCAGCAGCGGCGGCAUGCAGAAGGACAGCGCAUGAGACCAGAGACAUGGGUGCCCAAUGGCAUGGUCCCAGCCAGGGUACCAGGGGCUAAGGCAUUCACCGUGAGCGCAGGGAAGCAUGCCAAGUUUCGCUGCUACGUUACUGGCAAGCCCAAGCCAGAGAUCAUCUGGCAGAAGGAUGGUGAGCCCCUCACCCCCGGCCGAAGGCACCUCAUCUAUGAGGACCGGGAGGGCUACUUCAUCCUCAAGGUGCUGUACUGCAAACCCCAGGACCAGGGGCUGUAUGUUUGCACCGCAUCCAACACUGCCGGCCAGACCCUCAGCGCAGUGCAGCUCCAGGUGAAAGAGCACCGGCUGCAGUUCCAGGUGCAGCUGGCAGAUGUGGAGGUGGCAGAGCGGGAGGACGCUGUGCUGGAGUGCCAGGUGCCGCUGGAGACCAUCCCUACUGCCUGGUACCUGGAGGACAGGGAGCUGCAGCCCAGCCACAAGUAUGUGAUGGAGGAGCAAGGUGUGGUGCGGCGUCUGACCAUCCGUGAUGCCCGCACCGAUGAUGAUGGCAUCUACCUCUGUCAGAUGAAGGACAAGGGGCGCAGCAUUGCUGAGGUCUCUGUCCGAGGGGUGAUUGUGAAGCGGCUGCCACGGAAGCUGGAUGUGAUGGAGGGGGAGAAUGCAGUUUUCUGUGUGGAGACACAGGAGGCAGUGGAGGGGACCUGCUGGAGCCGGGAUGGGCUGCAGCUGCAGGAGUCCCCCCGCACCGUGCUGAAGAGCUUUGGCAGGACUCACCUCCUGGUGCUUGUGCAUGUCACCCGCCAGGAUGCAGGCAUCAUCUCCUUCUCUGUCAGGGAGUCACAGACAUCCUCCCAGCUCCGGGUCAAGUGUGUGAAGCGUGACCCCCCGAGCGCGCCGGUGGCAGCUGAGAUGAGCGUGGUGGAGAGCAACGCGGCCCUGCUGACUUGGUGCCCCGCACCCGAUGCCCACCUCCGUGCCCCCAGCCACUACCUGCUGGAGCGUCGGGAGGCGUCGGGAGGCGAGUGGGUGCAGUGCCUCGCCACCGACCUGCCCAGCCACGUGCGGGUGCUGGGUGACAGUGUACCCCGCGAGGCCGACUACUGCUUCCGCAUCUGCGCUGCCAACGAGCACGGCAGGAGCAGCCCUGUGGAGUUCCCUGGAUCCGUGCAUCUCGCCCCAGCAGCUCGCCUGGAGAGGGGUCUGCAGGAUGCACGGGUGAAGGACGGUGAGGAUGCGUGGUUCUCCCUGGAGCUGUCAGCUGCAGUACAUGGCACCUGGUUCCUCAAUGGUGUCAGGCUGGACGAGGAGAAGGAGGAGGCAGGCGGCCGGUGCAGUGUGCGGUGCCAUGGGAUGGAGCACUCGCUGCUGAUCCGGGGAGUGCAGCAGGCUGACAGCGGGGCUCAGGUCACCUUUGUGUCUGGCAGUGUGCGGGACUCGGCCACAUUGCACGUGCAAGCCCCGCAGGUUUGCAUCGUGCAGGUGCCCGAGGCUGAGCGGCUCCGGGAGGUGCUGACAGGGCUGCCAGUGCUGCUGGAGUGCCAGGUGUUCCCUCCUGAUGCUCCUGUUGUCUGGUUGAAGGACGGUGAGGCCGUGCCCCUGGAUGACAUUAUUGCAGUACAGGCAGAGGGCUGUGUGCGGAGGCUGCUGCUCCGCUCAGCGGGUCCCUCGGACACUGGCAUAUACACCUGUGAUGCUGGGGACGAUGCCAUGAGCUUUGUGGUGACCGUGACCGAAGCACCAGUGAGGAUUGUCAGCUCCAAUGAGGAGGCCCCUCAUGCCUACGUGGCAGGGCAGCGUGUGGAGCUGUGGUGCCAGCUGUCCCGCCCAGCAGCCACAGUGCACUGGUACAAGGAUGGGGAGGAAGUGGAGGCAGGAGAGAACCUGGUGCUGGAGCAGGAGGGACCGCUGUGCCGGCUUGUGCUACCCAGUGCCCGGACACAGGACACAGGGGAGUUCGUCUGCGAUGCCGGAGGGGAUUCUGUCUUCUACACCAUCACCGUGGCAGAAGCACCAGUGAAGAUCGUCAACUCCAAUGAGGAGGCCCCCCAUGCCUACGUGGCAGGGCAGCGUGUGGAGCUGUGGUGCCAGCUGUCCCGCCCAGCAGCCCCAGUGCACUGGUACAAGGAUGGGGAGGAAGUGGAGGCAGGAGAGAACCUGGUGCUGGAGCAGGAGGGGCCGCUGUGCCGGCUUGUGCUACCCAGUGCCCAGCCACAGGACACAGGGGAGUUCGUCUGCGAUGCCGGAGGGGAUUCUGUCUUCUACACCAUCACCGUGACAACACCAUGGCUGAGCCCCUCCAUGUGUCUCCCAGCAGAAGCACCGGUGAAGAUUGUCAACUCCAACAGGGACGCCCCCCAUGCCUACGUGGCAGGGCAGCGUGUGGAGCUGUGGUGCCAGCUGUCCCACCCAGCAGCCCUGGUGCACUGGUUCAAGGAUGGGGAGGAAGUGGAGGCAGGAGAGAACCUGGUGCUGGAGCAGGAGGGGCCGCUGUGCCGGCUUGUGCUACCCAGUGCCCAGCCACAGGACACAGGGGAGUUCGUCUGCAAUGCUGGGAAUGGGUCUGUUUCCUACCACGUCUCAGUGGCAGAGCCACCAGUGAGGAUCCUGCACCCCCUGCAGCGCUCGCUGGAGCUGCUGGUGCAGCCACUGGAGCGCGUGGAGCUGCGGUGUGAGCUUUCUGUGCCAGAUGCUCCCGUGCGAUGGUUCAAGGAUGGGCUGGAGGUGGAUGAGACUGAUAACCUGCUGCUGGUGGUGGAGGGGGCCUGGCGCUGCCUCUUCAUCCCCAGGAGCAGCGUGGAGGACACGGGAGAGUACAUCUGUGAGAGCAAGGAUGAGGCCGUCUCCUUUGAUGUCAAAGUGUCAGAGCCACCAGUGAGAAUCCUGCAGCCCUGCAGACCCAUCCCUGUAGUGACGGUGUCCCAGGGAGAGACAGUGACACUGGGCUGUGAGCUGUCCCGUGCAGAUGCACAUGUGCACUGGGCCAAGGAGGGUGUCAGGCUGGAGGCUGGAGGCAGCCUGGUCCUGGAGGAGGAGGGUGCCCAUCGCCGCCUGCUCAUCCCCAUGGCUCAGCCUGAGCACUCUGGAAAAUACAUCUGCGAUGCCACUGAUGACACAGUAAUCUUCACUGUCCAAGUGUUAGACACACUGGUCAGGAUCCUGGAGAGGGGUGCACUACCAACACAACGACAUUGCCGGGCCAUGGAGGACUUGGUGCUGGAAGUGCACCUCUCACAUGCCCAUGGGGAGGUGAAGUGGUACAAGGAUGGGGAGAAGCUGCAGGACACGGGACGUGUGCGGCUGGAGGAGGACGGGGCACGACGCUCCCUCAUUGUCCUGGGUGCCACGGGCAGGGAUGCAGGGGAGUAUCUCUGCGACACCGGAGAUGACAGUAUCAUCUUCUUUGUCACUGUGGAAGUCCCAGAGCCACGGGUGACCAUUGUGGGCAGCACAGGUGCUGUGGAGCAUCACUGCCUAGUGGCCGGGGAGGACCUGGUGCUGUGUUGUAAGCUCUCCCAGCCUGAUGCCACUGUGCGCUGGCUCCGGAAUGGCCAGGAGGUGCAGACGGGUGAGCGGGUGCAGGUCAAGGCCCAUGGAGUGCUGCGGCAGCUCACCAUCUGUGGGGCACAGCCUAGUGACUCAGGGUACUACAUCUGCGAUGCUGCCAGCGACCGCAUGGUGAUGAAUGUGGAGGUGUCAGCCCAGCCCGUGCGUAUUGUCAACAAGGAGGAGGCGCAGAGCCCACUGGAGGUGCUGGAGGGGGACAGUGUGACACUGGUGGCCCGGCUGUCCCCAGAGACGGCAACAGUGCGGUGGCAUAAGGAUGGACAGACACUGCUCUCGGGCGGGCGGAUGUUGGUGUGCAGUGAGGGCCCUGCACGCAGCCUCACCAUCAAGCAAGCGGAGCUGGGUGACGGCGGCAUCUUCCUCUGCGAUGCCGGUGACGACGAGGUGCAUUUCAUGCUGCACGUGAAAGAGGCACCUGUGCUGUUCGUGAACAAGCGGGAGGAGCGGGAGAAGCUACUGGUGCUGGAGGGCGGCAGCGCCGUGCUCUCUGCUGUCACCUCCAUGGAGCGAGCUGAUGUCACCUGGCUGGGCCCGCAACAGGGAGCAGUGGCUGGUGAGCACUGUGAGCUGCGGCGGGAAGGCCGAGUGCACAGCCUCAUCCUCCACAACGUGGCCAAGGAGGACGCUGGCAUCUACACCUGCCUCUCCUCCCAUGACCAGAUGCAGUUUGAUGUGAGCGUCCGAGAGGUGCUGGUGAAGUUCCUGCGCGGGCUGUCAGACGUGCGGGUGCGGCAGGGCGAGCGCGCUGUGCUGUGGUGUGAGCUCUGCAAGGCACGGGGAGAUGUGGUGUGGAAGAAGGAUGGGCGGGUGCUGGCACCCAGCCCCCGCUGGCAAGUAAUGGCAGAGGGACGAGAACGCUCACUGGUGCUGAGCCACGUGGAGCCUGAGGAUGCUGGCGAGUACUGCUGCGAGUCCAAAGAUGAUCAGACACUGGCAACACUGAUGGUGCAGGUCCCCAGGGUGGUAGAGAUAAUCACAGAGCUGCAGAACCUGACGGUGCUGGAAGGGGAGGAUGCCACCUUCAAGUGCCUGGUGUCCCCUGAGGAUGUGGCUGUGGCCUGGCAGAUGAAUGGCCAGCCUGUGGUCCCUGGUGAGCGGCUGCUGGUAACAAGGCAUGGGCUCUGCCACAGCCUCCACCUCCGGCAGUGCCAGCUGGGUGACGCAGGCACCGUGACUGCCAACGCUGAGGGGCUGGUGAGCACAGCCCGGCUGAGCGUGCAAGAGGCGCAGGUGCUGUUCGUACGGAAGCUGCAGAAUGUGGUGGCGGAGGAGCAGGGGGAUGUGUGCCUGGAGGUGGAAGUGAGCCAUGAGGCUGCGGAAGUGCAGUGGCUGAAGCACGGUGUCCUCCUCCAGCCGGGUAGCAAGUACCAGCUGCAGGAGGUGGGGUGCCAACGCACCCUCACCAUCCGCUGCCUUGGCCUUGCUGACCGUGGCACCUACCGCUGUGAGACCCUGCAUGACCGCACGCAGGCCAAGCUCUGUGUGGAGCCUCGGAAGGUAUCAAUCCAGACACCGCUGGCAGAUGUGGAGACCUUUGAGAAGGAGGCGGCCACUUUCCACCUGGAGUUGUCCCACCCUGGCGUGCCCGGGGUCUGGACACGGGAUGGCAUCCGGGUGAAGCCCAGCAGCACAUGCCGGAUCAGCACCACAGGCUGUGGGCACAGCCUGACACUAGAGAGGCUGUCACUGGAGGACUCGGGCACUGUCACCUUCACUGCUGAUACCCUGCGCUGCAGUGCUCGUCUGCUUGUGCGGGAGCCUCCAGUCACUAUGGUGAGGGUCCCGCGGGACCUGGGAGUCCCAGAGACAGGGGUUGCCAACUUUGAGUGUGAGCUAUCUCGCCCCAGCGCAGAGGUGAAGUGGUUCAAGGAUGGACAGGAGCUGCGGCCAGGACCCAACUGCCGCAUCUACUCCGCCGGUCGGCGCCGCAUCCUGCAACUGAGCCACUGCGAGCUGGCCGAUGCCGGCACCUAUACCUGUGAUGCGGGUGACUGCUGUGCCUCUGCCACACUGCAUGUCCAAGAGCGCCAGGUCCGCAUCCUGCAGGACCUGCAGGACACCCAGGUGCAGGAGGGCGACAACGCUGUCUUCAACUGCGAGGCGUCACAUGGGGACGUGAAGGGCGAGUGGUUCCGGGACGGAGAGAAAAUCAAGGUCUCCAGCACAGUGAAGAUACGGCAAGAAGGAACCCGUCAUUUCCUGCUGUUCUGCAGUGUACGCCCUGAGGACAAGGGACUCAUCCGCUUCGUGGCUGGGACAGCUGUUUCAGAGGCCAACCUGUGGGUGGAAGCACUGCCCAUCCGGAUCGUGAAGCCGCUGCGGGACAAGACGGUGCUGGCACGGCACAAGGCGACACUGGAGUGCACCGUGUCCCAUGCCCGGGGCCGAGUGCGCUGGCUCCGUGGGGACACCGAAAUCUUUGCUGGUGACAAGUACGAGAUCUGCAAUCUGGACUGCUACCGCACGCUUAUCAUCCACCACGUGGGCCCUGAAGACGAGGACUCCUACACCUGUGAUGCCUUUGAUGACCGCUCCACCGCCCGGCUCCUUGUGGAGGGGAGCUAG